AUGUCGUCUGCUAUACAAAGUGCUCUUGCAGAACUUAAUUUGCAAAUCUUUCAAAAGUUUAAUGAUGAGAGGAUAGAUGAUGACACUUUUCAGCACCUUACUAAUCAAGACUUUAGCAGACUAGGUGUUGAAACUAUUGGUGAUAGAAUAAGUACUACUAUUACUAAUAAUUUAAGUACAGGCGCCACCAAUAGUUUAGAAGCCUUGGUUUCAUCAACAGAUGAACAGACAGACGAAGUCAUUGAUCACUUAAAAAUAAAAGUUAUAAUUUCAUCAGAGGACAAUUUACCAAAUGGUUACGAGCGCAUCACAUAUUGUAGUGAUGUGGCAGUGCCACGCAAAUGGCUUAUUCAAAUCCUUGGAGUUUGUAAGGGGAAAUCAAGUUCCUACUGUGUAAAAAAGUUUAUUGAUGGUUUUUUUGAGCCAGAAGAAUUUAUUCAUUUAUCAGCAUCCAAGGCAGUUGCCACAAUGCCAGUUAUGAAAGCCAUUAGAUUAUAUGCUAUAAACAAACUGAGGAUGAGGGAUGCGGAAUUCACGAGUGCUUUUAAUUCCAAAAUAGGAACUUUUAAAGAUCAGUUAAAAUGGAGAGAAGAAUAGUGAAAGAUCAUUGAACAUUUAAAUUGUGCGGCGGUUGGACUUUAAUUGCCAUUGUUUCCUGUACAAUAACUUGAAUAAGUAUAGUUGCAGAUUAGGACAAAAAGAUGUGUAUUUCCUAUUUCCCGUAACCCUCCUUAUUU